CAGUCGGUAAGCGCUGUGUUCAGUACGCCGUGCUAGGCAGUGACGACGGUUGAGGAAACAGGAUCACUCCAGCGUAAAGAAUCCGGAGAUACUUUCUGUUACCAUGAUGAACACUAACAACGCCCCACCUGCCUACGUGGCUGCGCCUCAGCCUGUCGGCCAGCAACAACUGGUGACGGUGCAACCAGCUCCUGUUACUGUCGGCACGGUCAACCCACAGCCUCGAGAUGGUGACUGGAAGGGUAUUCUAUGGACAGGAAUAAGUCAAAUGGUUUUGGGUUCCUUGACCGUCAUUCUUGGGAUUGUCACCCUGACAGUAUUUAGCAGUGUAGAACGCAGUGAUUUUGCAUCCCCAAUUUGGUGUGGUAUCUUAUUCUAUGGCGUCGCUGGAAUCUUGGGCAUAGUGUCUGGAUUUAAGAAGAAUUCGGGAGUGGCUAUUGGCUAUAUGGUCAUGUCCAUCUUGGCUUGUCUGGCUGCGUGCUGCGUUAUUGGUUUUGGUGCUGCCAGGAUUGCAACCAUCAAUUUGCACUGCAGAUAUCCGCCUUAUACGAGUAAUGGUUAUGAUUACUACGGAAACAGUUCCCCGCACUGUGAAUUGGAGGCGGCCAUCAAUGGUGUAUAUUCUACACUGAUACUUCUCGCCUUAGCGGAGUUUAUCGUCGCCAUGUUUGGUGCCAGCAUGACCUGCGGUCCAAUCUGCAACAGUGGAUCAGCAACUCAGACUGUGAUCCACUACCAAACUCAACCACACGUGGUGGUUGCCACACAGCCCCAGGGACUGGCCUUCUACAACAUUGCUGGUCAGCCACAAGUUGCCUACCCGGCCCAGCAGGGACAGUAUCCGCAGGCUCAAGCGCCCCCACCCGGUGAGCAACAGUCCCAAGAACUCAUCAAUUAGGUCAUCGAUGACCUUUGACCUGAUGGAAUCAUGAUAUA